CUAAACCCUAGGGUUUAAGGAAAUCCUCACUUUCCAUACAAAGCCCACAUUUCCUCUUCAAUCCCGCAUCUAUAUAUGUAUUUCACAUCUGCUACCUCACAAAAAUCAUGAACCUAUCGACCUCAACAGCCCUAAUUCCUACUGCCCAACAUGGUUGGUUUCUUGCACAGUCCCGCUGUUGAAGGAGCGAAAGCAGAGGAGAACGAAGACGUCACUAAGAUUGCAAGCGACCUACUCGUUCCAGAGCUGGACGAUUUCCCUUCGUCGUUUUCUGAUUCGUUUCUCGAUUUUGACGCCCUCAACGGCUGGUUCACGGAAGCCCCCGGUGCGGAUAUGGCUGAUUUGAGAGGUGAAUUGGUUGAUUUUAAGAAGGAAUUCGAUGUUUUGGUAGAUGAAAUAGUUGAUGUUAAGAAGGAAUUUGAUGUUUUGGGAGAUGAAAUUUGUCGAGAGGGUGUAAAGGCGGAACCUUUGUGGGGUUUAGGGCUGGAAGAUGGAGAAAUUGGGGGUGUUGUUGAGAAAUGUGUUGAGAAGGGUAGUGAGGGAGUUGAAGGUGAUGGAUGUGAGAGGAAAUUGGGGGAUUUAGGGUGUUUGAUUGAGGAGCAGCUUGGGAAAGUGAGCUUAGAUGGUGCAGUAGAAAAUCUAAGUGUUCCGGUUGUUGCUUCACUGAAAUGUGAGAAUAGUGGUAGUGAAGAAGCUGCGGUUGAUGACAAUUCGAAGUGUGUGAAAAUGGGGAUUGGUAGUUGCGGUAGGAUGGAGAGUGAUGGUGAUGUGUUAGGAGUUGGGGGGAAUGAAAAUAAAGUUGAUGAGUGUGUGGAUGAUGGAGAUGGGAGUGGGAGCACGUCGGACUCAUCAUCUUCGUCGUCUAGUAGUAGUGAGGAUGAGGAUGAUGGUAAAAAGAAAGGCAAGAAUGGAGAGAGUAGUGGUGAUGAAGAGACUGAGAUGGAGGAUGGUGAGAUUAUGAUGUCGGAGCUAGAAGAGAUGGUUUCGUGGAGUGACGUUGAAGAUGAGGAUGGUGGUGGAGGCGGACCAAUCAAAUCUAAGAAUGAGCUUGAGGAUCUGCCUCCAGUUCCUUCUGUUAAUGUGACCUUGGAACCACAUCAUGAAACCCUUCCGGUUGGAACAGUUUUGUCGAUGAUUGACGCCCAAGUGAUUGUGGAAGGAGUUGAGAAACACGAUCCUCUCAACGAGAGCUCAAUUCUUUGGAUUACUGAGAGCAGAUCACCGCUGGGGAUUAUCGAUGAAAUCUUUGGGCCCGUCAAGAACCCUUUCUACAUUGUGAGAUACAACUCUGAGGAGGAAGUCCCCACAGGGAUCCAGCAAGGCACCUUGAUCUCGUUCGUCGCAGAGUUUGCAGAUCAUGUACUCAACAACAAUAAUCUCUACCAGAAAGGGUAUGAUGCAUCUAAUGAGAACGAUGAAGAGCUGUCUGAGGAUGGUGAAUUUUCAGAUGACGAGAAAGAGGCUGAGUACAAGAGAAUGAUGAAGAUGAAGAAAAGGGGAACGAAUGAUUCCAAGCCCAAUAACAAGAGGAAGGAGAAACGGCAACAGAAGAAUCAGAGAGGGAACGGGAGCUGGAACAAUAACAAUUCUACUGCACAAACUCCUCCAGGUGGCAGAGACCAACGUUUCGCUUCUCAUGUUGGAACACCGUCAAACCAAGACAGUCAUCACCAAGGCUCACUGGGCUCUAGACAGGGUUCUGUUGGGGAUCAAGGCGUGAUUCCUCCUUCGUUCCCACAUAGGCCUCAAGCACCGGCAUUUCCUCCUCCAAAUGGUAGUUGGAACAAUGGGUUUCCACAUCAUCAGCAGCUAAAUGCAAACCUUCUUAUUGGACUGCCGCCGAAUGGCAUGCUGUGGAUGCAGCAAAACCUACCUUUCCUGUACCCAACCGGUGCACCAUUUCAACAGCAAAUCGGUAUGAUACCCGGAAUGCCACCAAACUUCAAUCCAAUGGCUGGACUACCAAAUAUCGGUGGGAUUCCACCUUGGCCUAUGGAUCAGAACGCAUCGCAGUUUGGAAUGCAGGGUCAGCAAGGGCAACCACGGCCUCAGUUUGGAGCGCAGGGCCAGCAAGGUCCACCACAGCCACAGUUUGGAGUGCCGGGCCAGCAAGGUCCACCACAGCCACAGUUUGGAGUGCCGGGCCAGCAAGGUCCACCACAGCCUCAGUUUGCAGCGCAGGGCCAGCAAGGUCCACCACAGCCUCAGUUUGGAGGGCAGGGCCAAGGUCUACCACAGCCUCAGUUUGGAGCGCAGGGCCAGCAAGGUCCACCACAGCCUCAGUUUGCAGCGCAAGGCCAGCAAGGUCCACCACAGCCUCAGUUUGGAGGGCAGGGCCAAGGUCUACCACAGCCUCAGUUUGGAGCGCAGGGCCAGCAAGGUCCACCGCAGCCUCAGUUUGGAGCGCAGGGCCAGCAAGGUCCACCGCAGCCACAGUUUGGAGCGCAGGGCCAGCAAGGUCCACCACAGCCACAGUUCGGAGCGCAGGGCAAGCAAGGUCCCCCACGGCCUCAGUUUGGAGUUCAGGGCCAGCAAGGUCCACCGCCGCUGCCUCUGAAUGGUGCUGGAGAGCAAGCAGUUCAGACUCAGGUAUCUCCAGAUGGUCAGCCACAGCCUCCGACCAUGAAUUUCAAUGGAAGCCGUGGUGGUGGCCAUCGUGGUGGUGGCCGUCGUGGCGGCGGCGGUCGUGGCGGCCGUCGUGGUGGAAGAGGGAAUCACAGAGGCCGUGGGCGUUAUGGUGGUGGCAGGCAUUCUUGAGCCCUUCUACAGAGAAAUAGAUCCCAAUUUUUCUGCCAAAGUUUUGUUCUUCCCUUUGCAAACCAUUAUUUUCUUGUAGUUACAUGUAUCUAAUAUUUAAUCAUGUUUUUAUGUUGAUUUUUGCUUCCUGUGAGCUAACCUCAAAAUUGCCAACAGCCCUAAGCCCCUAGCUAUUUUCGUAUGUUGAAAUUGUCCUUUCAAUGUGAUUUUGUUGUUUUUAUGUGA